AUGACGAUGAUGAUGAACUCCCAACAAGAGGAACAACAAUAUCGUAUUAUGCGGUUAAAUCGCAAACCCGCUGUUGGUCCAUCCCACCACUCCAUUCCUUAUAAUGAUACCGCAUCAUCUCCCACUCCCACUUAUCUCAAUAAUAAUAAUAACAAUGAUAAUAACAAUAACAGUAGUGCUCAUACAACCCCGACAUUACAGUAUUGUACUUCCCGUGUAGGGUUUGUAAACAGCAGAGAAACACCACACACAGGCCGAGCUGUCUUUAAAGGAAUACGGGCCACGACUGUUCACAUUGAACGUGGAUCGGCUCGAGUGCAGGAUGAGCCAUUUCUGUUAUUCGCCGGUCGACGGCCCGCCCCGAGUGGUGUUUCCACCGCCAUGCAGCAACACGUCCAUUUAUUUCACGAUCCAGUGAAGAGCAAUGCAACCACCAUAACGAGAACAACAACAACAAUAACGACGACGACCACCACAACGACAACAACAAGAAGAGGAGAAAGAGAAACAUCCUCAAUCUUUACAUCACCAUCAAAAUCAGAAGUGUUGGGGAUGAAUUCAAGGCGUACUCCUAAUAAUAGUGGUAGUGUAAACUACUGCCGUGAAGCCCGACUGGCAAUGCUGCGUGGGAAUGGACCAUUAUGGUGA